AGAUUAUGCGGUCGUUCAGCUCGCAAUCCUAUGCCGCCAAAGACGGCUGAAACCUUCGAACUAUUCAGACAAGAAAUCGACGAGAGCAACGACAGACGCGAACGCCUGAUAAAGGCGAGCCGAGAUGUUACAAACAUAUCCAAGAAAGCGAUCUUUCUCCUCCAUCGAAUAAUCCUUGAAGACACGGAUGACGAUCGUGGGCGACGUGCUGCCGUAAAAGGCCGCUCAAAACUCGAUGAAGCGCGUCCAUACUUUGCUGCGAUGCGGUUAGAGCUCGUUGGUGACCGUUUCUGGCGACAUCAACGGCAAGUCUCCCCUGCUGUUCAAGAAUAUAUAGAAGCUUUGAGUUUCGCCCAUUAUCUCGAGCAUGGUAGUAUCAUACCCUUUAACGACACACAAGCAGCUUUUAGUGAUGCGGAUGGACUGUACUUCCCUCUUACCGUCAGCGACUACCUUCUCGGUCUCUCUGACCUCACAGGCGAGCUCAUGAGAUUCGCAAUAUCUAACAUUUCUCGCCGAGGUGGUUCGACAACAGCCAAUGACAUAUGCCGACUUGUCCGCGACUGCAAAGCAGGCCAGUUUCCUCACUUCGAACAAUUCAUUCCGCACAUCAGAGACUUGGGCAAGAAACAAUCUGUUACCUCCAGUUCACUUGAGAAGAUUGAAGCCGCGGCGUAUGCUGUUAUGGUUCGCGGCUCAGAAUUUGACCUUCCCCCGGAAAUCUUGGAGGACCUCAUACAACAAACAACAGUGAGAUUCGACAUUGGGCGACGUGAUGACUCCUUGUACAACAACGGUUCCUAA